UUUGAACACUGUAUCCUGACGCGGGCUUUCCGGAUCACUUUGAGCGGUACAUGUGACCCCUUGAUUUGCAGAGAUGGGCAAGAAAUCGAAGAAAAAUCGUUUCAAUCAGAGCGUAGAUGUCGACAUUGUGUAUUCAAGCAACACAAUAGCUGAAAUGGACCCAACAGACAACCUAGCAGAGCUCAAUUUAUCAUCUGAAAAGGCUGAAGAACUUCAAAAAAUUAGAGCAAAAUUGCCAACAUUCACAUCAACAUCUUCAGUUGAAAGCGAACUUGCGAAGCUGCCUAUGGAAAAGCCUUUUAGAGCAUUUGUUUACAAUGUAUCGUAUUCAGCUACAGAACAAAACGUCGCUGAUUUUUUCUCCCCGCUCAAGGUCACAAAUAUUAAUAUUGUCGGUGGGGAUGGUGGGUCUCGUGGUUUCUGUUUUGUUGACUUUGCAAGUCGAGAUGACUUAGCAAAAGCUCUUGAACGCUCUGAUUCAUCUCUGGCUGGUCGACAAGUCAAUGUCCGCAUUGCUGCUCCAAAUAAUUCUGAGCGAGGUGGGUUCGUACGUGAGAAGAAUUAUUGCUCUGGGAUGCGUCGUAGUGAAAUGGCUUUUGAGCGCCAGCGAUUUGGCUACAGACCUGUCGGUCUUCGAGAUGAUGGUGAAGAUGUCGAAUCAAUUUGGAAGAGAGGUUUCGUCAGUCGUACAAGCACCUUUGGAUCGUCUGAGUUGACACCACUAAGUCAAAGUCAACUGUCUUUGGAGCCUAGCCUUAAACCGGCUGUAACAGGAGAGCGACCAAAGCUUAAUUUACUACCUCGCUCUGCACCACGAGAUUCAAAUGAACUAUCUGGACGCAACUCAAAGAUUUUUGGUGAGGCUCGACCAGUAGACACGGCCAGUAAAAAUCGUGACGUUGAGCAGCGACUAACUGCAACUGACCAAACUACUAAACCUUAAACUCUAUUUGUGUAUACUCAUGUUCCACAUACAUCAUUUACAAGUGUUUAAAAAAUACCGUGUAUCAGCCAGGGUGACACAAUACUUCAUUUUCUCCUUUCUUUACACAUCUUAUAAAUGUGAACACCUUACAAUUAAGAACAUAAUCUAGGGUUUCUCUAUCAACAUAUUUUGUAAAGCUGUAUCGUUGACUUUCUCGUACUUCCACUAUUUUAUCGCUACUUUUUUCGCACUUUGUUUAUGCAUUGAUAUGGGGAUACAAUUGUACUUCCUGUGUUAGGAAACAGGUGUCACAAAGAGCUUCUGAGAUUGACUCUCAGAUUUGUGCGAAUGCCGAGCACAUCUAAAUAAUAGACAUACCGUUGUGCUUUUGCCAUACGAUAA